AAGAGCCUAUUUCAAAAAUGUAGACCUGCAAGAAUAUUUAAAACCAGUGCAAUUCGUUAGUGGAGGUUUUCUCAAUAAUAAAAAGGAUGUACCAUCAGCACAACAGGACGCAAAUAAAUUGAACUCCACCUUGAGUGACGAUGAUUCAGAUGACUUCAACAAGUACGACGUCUUUAAACAUUUCACCUUUGAUUUCAAUUUUGACAAAAAGAAGGAUGAAAAUGAUUUUAUAAAAAGUAAUUUAAAAAAGUAUAACCUGAAGCAACUCAAAGAAAAGGACAAAAAGUUUUUUGAAAUAUAUGGAUUAGGGUUUAAAAUUUUAAGGAAAAUGGGUUAUCAAGAUGGCAUUGGGAACAAAAUAAAAACAAACAUUGCUCCUAUAGAACUUCAAAAAAAGCAUGUAACCUUUUUAGAAGAAAAGCCACAAGAAAAUUCGAAUGAUUCCAGUUCUGAUGUUGACUUAUACACACAGCAAAGUUAUAUUGACAUUUUUAAUGAACAAUUAUAUAGAAAAAACUUGUGGAAAAAAAAGCAUAAAUAUAACAAGUUCUGGAGCUUUAAGAAGACAAAAAAUUGGGUUACGACGCAGUUAAAAUAUAACGCCUCCAUUAAUCCAAAUUUUCAAUUAUACCAUGAUGGUGAUAAAUCCGAUGACGAACAAGCUAAUAAUUUACGAAACACGCAAAACAUGCUCUUUGAUCAUAUUAAAAAUAUCACACUCCAAUAUUGUGAUGUUGUAAAAAAACAACAAGAGGUUGAAACUAAAUUAAGGAACUACCACAGUUCUGGUUUUCAGAAGGAUAUUUACAAGAUACACGUUUUAAUUUUAAAAAAUAUCCUAACGUAUAAGUACUUGCUAAAUUUGCACACCACGCUGGCCUACCCCUCUCUCUUUAACAACGCAACGUUUAAUGAAUACCUUUUUAGGGUUAAGCGACAUGAGCUCAAAAUAGAGGAAGAUGAUGGUGGCAAUCGCGCUGAUCAAAAUGCUGAGCAUUGUGCUGAUCAUUCCGUUGAUCAAUAUGCUGAGCAUUAUGAUGAUGGGGAUGCACACCCAAGGGGUCAUCAAUACGUGUGUAACUCCCCCAAAGGUGGAAGAACCACGAAAUUGAUAAAUAUCCAACCCAAGCAUUUAACUAACCCAUAUAGCGAAGGAGGGGCAGGCGAAAAGGGAAACAAAACAUAUUGGGACCUCAACUAUAGUAAGUCUCUCACCUUUGAAGAAAAGCUAAAUAAUUUAUUAACAAGUAAUUAUAAGCUAUUAUGCCAAAACAAAUACUUCAAAAGUGCCCCCAAAACAGUCGGUGCUUCUUCACAUUACACUGGAACAUACAAAACGAUGGAUGACUUACAACACAUAUUCGAUUUAAUAAACAUUAAAAAUAUCGAAAUUGAAAAGGGAAAAGAUCCGUUACUCUUGAGUGACCUGUACACCUCUGUAUUUUUUAUUUACGAAAAUUCGCAAUUCUUGUAUCUGAACAUCCGCGUGUCACGGUUUUUCUUGGAGUUCCUUCGCAUUUAUUUUCACAACAACAAGGAACUAAUAAAGAAACAGUUUCUCUGUGAUGACAAGGACGUUGAAGAAGCAAGCACGACAAUUUGGGAAAAUUCCAAAAAAAUUUUUAGUUCGGAAAGUUCGAAAAUCUCGGAUAGUUUGAAAAGUUCGGAAAGUUCGAAAAUCUCGGAAAGUUUGAAAAAUUCGGAAAGUUCGAAAAUCUCGGAAAAUUCGAAAAGCUCAGAAAGUUUGGAAAACUCCCAACAUCGCGAAGCUCACAGCGAAGCAACGCAAAAUGCACCGACCGCAAAGGAUGAAGAAGUUUCCCCCAGUGAACAGGCCCCACCUCACACGAGCAGCCAAAACAAGCAACCCACGUUUAACCAAAAUGACAUAAAAUAUAUAAUAUGCUUAAAAAAAAUUGUUCUAAUGGGAGCGGAGCAAAACAGUAUGAUAGAAUAUCGAAAAAUUGAAAAAAAAUUUGACAACAUAAUAUACUAUACGUAUGUGUACCCCGCAUUGUAUAGGAAAAAAUUUCCAGAACUUUACAAUCAUUUAAAACUUUUUAAGGACGCCAUCAAUAUAAGAUAUUAUAAAAAUAUAUUAACACUUUUUAUUGAAAAAAGAAUAAUGUCCAACGUGGAAAACAUCGAAAAUGGCGAAAUACAGGAACACACUCUACAAGACGUACAAAAAAAACUAUCCAUUCUGUUUGAUAUUAACAAACAGUUUGACAUUGACUCCAACUUAUCUAGAUACUACACACAUUAUAUAUUUCCCUAUUUGCAAAAAUUUGAUCUAUCAGAAAAUUAUAUAGAACUCAUCAAAUUAGCACUCAUGGAAAAUAUAUACAAAAAGGAAAUUUUCGAAACUGUUGUAAAAAGGAUAAUUUGUGAAUUAAUUGACAUAGAUUUUGUGAACGACGAUUUUGUGCAACGCCUUCGUAAAGUUAUGAUACUACACAAGUGCGUAGACGACACAAUCGUCUUUCUCAUCUUUAAAGUAUAUUUUUUUUACAAUUUUUCGAAGCACGUAUGUGAUUAUCUGAGAGAGCUUAACGCGUCAUAUGUACAAAAAAAUGAACUAAAAAAUAGCGCGCACAAAAUGGAAGCUCUCUUUGCUCCAGAGGAAGGCGUCCCAAGCGAGGAACUAAAAAAGCUAAUGCUAACAAAUAAAAAAAAAGAAAUUUACGAAACCUUUAAAAAGGUGAAAGACGUUUUUGAAAAUAAUUUAAUGAAAGAUAAUUCCAUAAAAAACAUCAUGUUCAGCAUAUUAAAUGUGAUAAAAACGUACCUAUUGCAAGAGAAAAUUGUUACCUUCCCCGUCGAAAUGGUGCUAGACUUUGACAAAAGUAAAAUUUGUUCAGAUGAUAAUCUAAAUUACUAUUACUUAUAUAAGGAUAUAAAAAUUCCAGUUCCUCUUUACGCCGUUCCACAAAGAAUUAAUAAGGUAUUUGAAAUAAAUUAUAUGCCCAAUGUAAGAAAAAAUCACAUGACAGAUGAAUCAAAAAGUAGCUAUGUAUUUUCUCCGAAAAAAUAUGUCAAUUUGAUGAACAAAAUAGAAGAUGACGUAAAUCAAUAUAGAAGAAACUCGCAAGAUGACGAAAAUAUGAACGUAAAGAAUUAUAUAGAAACGUAUUGCGUACAAAAUGAUAUCCUAUUUUUGCAAAAAAAUGAUCGUAAAAUAAACGGAAAUGUAGUCUAUUCGAUUAACAAUCUUUCCAUAUAUAUUAGCAACAAUAUUAUAUACCUUUAUGAAAAUCACGAAUGGAAGCCAACCCUGUUACGCGAUCUGUUGGCAAAAUUUUAG